GCCUCUAUUUAGAGAAACAAUUAUAUAAAUUUAAAUUUGAACCAGGCAAAAACCCCUAAAAAUUUCUCUGCAAAUCAUCAAAUCAAAAUCUUUUUUCUCUCUCAUUUCCUGUAAGUUAUCAUCAUUAACUAAAUUAUUUCAACUAUUUGUUCAAAUCAAUCCCUCAAUCAAAUUGCAUGUAAAUAAAUUCAAAAUUAACAAUUUUUUUAGAUAGAACAAUUCAUCAAUUUAAUUAUUGUUCUUGUUGUUAAUUGUUGAUGCUAUGAAUACCCUUAGUUUUAUUGGCAGUUCAACCAUGAAACCCUCUUGUAAAUUCCUUAUUGCUCGAAAAAGCUCGAGUCUUUUUGGAUUUGCAAAAAAUUACCACCAUACUAUAACCAACAAUUUAUCAAGAAAUCAUUUGAAUUUUGACCAUAGCAAACGAUUUUCUGUCUACCCUUUUCGGAUUUUUGCAGUUAGAACCAUAAUUUAUAAUACCCACAAAUCAAUUUGUGUACCCAAUUCAAAUUUAGGCCAAUCUAGGGUUCUUGUAUCGGGAUCCCUUUAUCAUGGGGAUCGUACAGGAAUUGGAGGGACGACGAAUAGGGGUAAUUCUGUUAUUGCUAGUGUUGCAUCAGAUUUUAGAGGGUAUUCAACUUCUGUUGAGGCUAGAGUUAAUGAUAAGAAUUUUGAGAGGAUUUAUGUGCAAAAUGGGCUUGGUGUUGCUGUUAAGCCAUUAGUGGUUGAGAAGAUUGAUAAAGAUGAGAAUGUUGUUGGAGAGGAAGCUUCUAGGAUAGGAAUUGAUGUUCCUGAGGGUGGUGAAAAUGAUGUAAAUCGCGAUCAUUUGGAGGGUGUUAAGGGUGUUGAGAAUGUUGCUUCGAGGACGGAGGAAUCAGAGAUUGAAAAAGAAGCGUGGAAGUUGUUGAAGGACGCCGUUGUGAGAUAUUGUGGAAGUCCUGUUGGUACGGUAGCUGCAAAUGAUCCCGGGGAUAAAAUGCCGUUGAAUUAUGAUCAGGUGUUCAUCCGUGAUUUUGUGCCUUCGGCUCUUGCGUUUUUGCUUAAAGGAGAAGGAGAGAUUGUGAGGAAUUUCCUUCUUCAUACCUUGCAAUUGCAGAGUUGGGAGAAAACUGUGGACUGCUAUAGUCCUGGACAGGGGUUGAUGCCUGCUAGUUUUAAAGUCAGAACUGUGCCUCUUGAUGAAAAUAAAUCUGAAGAAGUUUUAGAUCCAGAUUUUGGUGAAUCAGCUAUUGGCCGUGUAGCGCCUGUAGAUUCUGGGCUGUGGUGGAUCAUUUUGUUGAGGUCGUAUGGGAAAAUUACUGGUGACUACACAUUGCAAGAAAGGGUGGAUGUUCAGACGGGCAUAAAACUGAUCUUAAAUCUGUGCUUAACUGAUGGGUUUGAUAUGUUUCCUUCUCUUCUAGUCACGGAUGGCUCUUGCAUGAUAGAUCGACGAAUGGGUAUUCAUGGUCAUCCCCUUGAGAUUCAAGCCUUAUUUUACUCGGCUUUGCGGUGCUCGCGUGAGAUGCUGACUGUAAAUGAUGGAUCCAAGAAUUUGGUGAGGGCCAUUAACAAUAGACUCAGUGCACUAUCGUUUCACAUUAGAGAAUACUAUUGGGUGGAUAUUAAAAAGAUCAAUGAAAUAUACCGGUAUAAAACUGAAGAGUAUUCCAUGGAUGCUACCAACAAAUUCAAUAUCUAUCCUGAACAAAUUCCUACCUGGCUCAUGGACUGGAUACCAGAAGAAGGUGGCUAUCUUAUUGGGAAUCUGCAGCCAGCUCACAUGGAUUUUAGGUUUUUCACUCUUGGAAAUCUUUGGUCAGUUGUUUCAUCUGUGGGCACUCCGAAACAAAAUGAAGCCAUUUUGAACUUGAUUGAAGCCAAAUGGGAUGAUCUUGUUGGUUGUAUGCCUCUUAAAAUAUGUUACCCUGCACUGGAGCAUGAGGAAUGGCGUAUUAUCACUGGCAGUGACCCGAAGAACACUCCUUGGUCAUAUCAUAAUGGUGGAUCCUGGCCGACACUUCUUUGGCAGUUUACACUGGCAUGCAUCAAGAUGGGCAGAUUAGAACUCGCUCAGAAGGCAGUUGCUGUAGCUGAAAAGAGACUUUUAGGCGAUCGUUGGCCCGAGUAUUACGACACACGUACAGGGAAGUUCAUUGGAAAGCAAUCCCGCCUUUAUCAAACAUGGACAAUUGCUGGGUUUCUGACAUCCAAAAUUCUCUUAGAGAAUCCAGAAAUGGCAGCUUUGUUGUUGUGGGAGGAGGAUUACGAGCUUCUUGAAAUCUGUGUUUGUGCACUUAACAAGACUGGCCGGAAGAAGUGCUCUCGAGGUGCUGCCAAAUCUCAGAUUCUCAUCUAGAGUAAGCGACGACCAUUUUGCCUACCGCAGAAUCUGGUUUUACUGUACAGUAGGAAAGGCUUACAAAGAGUUAUAAUAAACAGCAAUUUCCAAGCUAUUAAAAUGUAAAAUAUAGUAGCAUUAUCUUACCUAUAGUUGAUUGUCAAAAAAAAAAAAAUCUUACCUAUAGUUGUACAAAGGUUCUAUUUAUAUUCCACUGGUUAAUUAGCUAAGUUGAUCAGUCUUGGAAUCUUUAGUUACUAGCUUUAAGCGAGCUUUAUGGAUUUAUAUUGUAAGCUCCUGCCAUUGCUAUUGUAUGUACAUUACUAUUCUUUUUAAUAAAUUUGAUAUUUAAUAAA